AUGUCAGAGAAAGAGGACACUGAGUAUGAGGAGCAGGGUGGGCUCGUGAAGGAUCAAACGUCUGUUCCACAGCAAGCAGAUGCUGCUGAAGAACCCGGAGAGGAAGAAGGAGCGAAACCAAAGCAAAAACCCUUUGUACCAGCUUUGGUUCCUCCAAAAAUUCCUGAUGGAGAGAUAGUUGAUUUUGACGAUAUUCAUCGCAAACGUAUGGAGAAAGAUCUGACGGAGCUGCAGACGCUCAUCGAGGCUCACUUUGAGAAAAGAAAGAAGGAUGAAGAAGAGCUCAUCAAUCUCACACAGCGAAUCGAGAACCGCAGGUCGGAGCGCUCCGAACAGCACAGGAUACACACCGAGCGAGAGAAAGAACGUCAGAUCAAACUGGCCGAGGAAAAGGCACGAAAAGAGGAAGAAGAAGCGAAGAGGAAGGCCGAUGACGAUGCCAAGAAGAAGAAAGUUCUCUCAGGCUUUCAGUACACUGGAUACAUGCAGAAGACAGACAAAAGAGGCGGACCAAAGAAACAGACCGAGAGAGAGAAGAAACGAACCAUCCUCAGUGAGCGACGUAAAGAACUGAACAUGCAAAACCUUAGCGAGGACAAGCUCAGAGAGACGGCCGAUGGACUGGGCAAAAGGCUGCGAGAGCUGGAAGGAGAGAACUUUGACCUGCAGUUCAAACACACACACCAGAAGUAUGAGAUUACUGUACUCAGGAAUCGAGUCAGUGACCAUCAGAAAACGUUUGGAAAACACGGCGAGCAGGGCUUACUAAGAAAGGAUUUGACCUCCCGGUAGCUCUACACGCUUCUUAAGACCCAUGUAAGCCCACAAUGAAAGCUCCUGUGAGUCACGCGGGAGAUGGAAACGCUCUGUUAUUCAGUGGGAGUGUCAUGAGAAUGGAGACACAGCUGUUGUAGACGUGAGGUUAGAAGUACCAAAAGCUCUAGAAGUAAGAGAAGACUGAAGAAAUGAAGAGCAGAAAUCUCAACCCUCGCAGAGAUGGAAGUGUUUCAAAGCCUUUGUUUGUCUUCUUGUGUUGGUUGUGGAAAUGAUGUGAUAUUGAAUAAUUAAAGCCGACACAAACGAA